AUGGAUUCACCAUGGAUACCACGUAUCUUGAAACCCGAUUUCACAUGGCCGCACAUGAAACUAUCAACCAUCUCUAAAACCACCCCUCCAGUGCCCUCAGUACCAAGCAAAAUUUCACUGCGAUUCUGGGCUAUUAUUCACAAAGCUCUGUAUAAGUUCUCGGCAUAUUAUUGCUCAUGGUUUGGCAUCCGAUUUGGAAGUGUUGCAGAAUUGCCCUUUGGACUCAUCAUGAAGUGGACAGAGCGAACAUCUCUGGAAGAAGUUGCUGCAAUGCAGAUGGCACGCGCAGGUGGAAUACCUGCUCCCAAGUUGCUAAGCUGCGGAGAACAUCUCAGAGCGCGAUUCAAUCGGCCGUCUUACUCAAUUCUGAUGACAAGGUUGCCGGGGAUAACCAUGGAAAACACGCAUGACCCAUUCGAUCCUGACGUUGAGGAACCUUGGGUUCAUGAGUUGAAGCUGUGUCUGGAUUCGAUGCGUCAAUGGCGCAUACCAUUGCCCUAUGACCAAAAUCGUAUCUGCUCUGUGCUUGGGACUGCCAUCCACAGCACCCGAGUGCCAAACCACAUCAUGGGCCCAUUCGCAAAUGAAAAAGAGCUUACAAAGUAUCUUCUCUCCGCAGCUUCAGCCCACGGUUUCAAGUCAAGAGCUGAAUAUGAUGCAGCAUGGAUUCGCGCAGAGCGAAUUGAUCAACAUCCACAUCGAGUCACCUUCACCCACGGGGAUUUUAAAGCACACAAUAUUCUAGUGAAUGAUGAUGGGCAUUUAUCAGGGUUUCUUGAUUGGGAGUCUGGGGGUUGGUGUCCUGAAUACUGGGAGUUUACAACAGCAAUGAGAUUUGGAAGGAACAGCUGGUGGUAUCAAGUUGCCAUGUGGAUGGGAGGUGAUCAAUACAUGAAGGAGCUGGAUGCUGACGUCGCGGUUAAUUUAUUGACUGUCGAUUCAUACAUAGGGAUGUAG